AUGAAACUUAUCACAGUAUUAUAUUUAAAUUAAUAAUUUUUUUUAAAGCAUUUAUUUUAUAUAAUCAUAUAAUUCAUAAAGAGAUUCUUUGUAUAUAAAAAAUAUAAAAUACUUUUAUAUUUUUUAUACUUAAUCCGUUAGUUGUUAGUUAAUUAAUUUUAUAAUAUAUUUUAUUUAUAAAUUACUUACUAAUAAAUUAAAUGCUAUUAAAAAAUAAAAUAAAAAUUAUUUUUUAGAAUAUUUAGAAUAAAAAUCGAAAAUAAAUCAUUAAUUACAAAUUAAUUAAAUUUUUUAAACUUUCAAUUUAAAUUUUAUAAAUUAAUUUUAUCCUAUAAUAUUAAUUCAAUAUAUAAUAGAUAAAAAUUUUAAUUAAGGAUAAUAAUUUAUAUUGAUUUAUCAAUUAAAUAAAUAAUAAUAUAAUUGUAAUUCCAUGCAAAUUUUUUGUUAAAAUAUUUAAUAGAAUUUUUUUUUAAUUUAUCAAAUCCACAAAAUUUAAAAUAAAAAGUAAAACUUGAUUUCUCCCUGAUGUUUUAUUUAAAUCAUGGUAUCUAAUUAAUUAAUCAUGAUAAAUAAAAAUAGGAUAGAAAUAUGAUUGAUGGAUAAUAUUUAAGAUUAAAAUAUAAAUGGCAUAUAAAAGUUUAGCAUUUAUAUAAUUUAAUAACAUGUAAUAUAACAUUAAAAAUUUCAAAUUAUUUGAUCGUUUUUGGAGAAACCAGAGGGUUUGCUUAAGAGGAUUUAAUUUAUUUAAUUAUUUAUCAUUUGAAAAGAAAGACAACUAAUCUUUUUGAUUUACGACACUUGCUUAUUACUUUGAAUUCUUAUGAUUUAUUAUAUGAGCUAUAAAAUUUUAAAAUAAAUUUAUCUAAAUUUUAAAUAAAUAUUAAAAUAGAAUAAACUUUUAAAUUAAAAAUUAUUCUUUAAAUUAAUAAAUAAAAUAAUAUUAGUGCAAUAAAAAACAUAAAAAAUUAAAAUAAAUAAAAUUUAUCAAAUAAAUUCAAAGAGCUUUUUUGUUUUAUAUUCAAUUUAAUAGCCAAUUGUCAAAUUUGA